GGUGGCCCCUCCCUUCUGUCCUCACAUUGCGAGGUCUCGAGCCCGAGAGGCCCCCAAGAAUCGGGUAUAGCCAGUCCGUAGCCAUUUUGGCUCAAGCACUUCUGGCUCAAGAGCCCUCGGUGCAAACCGCGCAGGCGGCGCCUGUCGGCAGGCGCGCCCGUGGAUCCGCAGCGGUGGCCGCACCGCCCACCGCGGGUGGCCAGGCUGCGCCACGGGCCGAUCUCCGCGAGGCGUCGCGGGAGGAACAUGGACGACAGCGCAACCCCGCAUGCGGCAGUUCGUGCGUGGUCGAGCACCGCAGGUUCGCAAAUUCAGGACGUGCUGUUCGAGCUGAACAACAAGGUAGCUCAAGAGGCAGCGGACCAGCAGGCGAUUACCGAGAGGAUGAUCGACGACAAGUUCGCCGCGAUGAGACAAGAGAUGUGGGAGAGGCUGGACGAGGUCAUAAAUCAGACGGAUGUCCAGCGCAGGGACUUCGUGGAGCAGCUAGCGGCGCUGACCCAGGCCACCAAGGGCCUGGUUGCGGACGCCAGGCGGGCGGAGAUGGACGCGCUGCGCCAGGACGUCGCCGGCCAGACUCCGCCUGCGGAGCCAGCGCCCCAGCCGGCCCCAGUGCUCGACGAGGCAUUGGCGGAGCUGCGGGCGCGGUUGGAGGAGGUGGAGAGGAGCCACGGCGGCGGCCACCACCACCAUCACCAUCACCACAGAUCAACAAGCAGCGUCUCCAACGACAUCGGCGUGACGACAGCGCACGAGAAGGAGACUGUAGACAUGUCGGUCGAGCAGGUCAAGCAGUCGUUGCGGCUCUCCGGCGCAGAGAUGGACAUGGAUGGCAACGAGGCGACCUUCGAGGCCGAUGGCGGCGAUUGGGACGAGAAUCGCGAGCAGUCGCAAUGGACUGGACCGGCGAUACUCAGGUUGCCUCCUCCUGCUCCUCCUCGAGCCGACGGUCGGGGAGUGCGUUUUCGGCGCGCGCCCCGCGGGCUUGGAGGAGCAAUGCUUUGUGGUGUAGAGUACCGCGAAAGUCGAUCUUAACCGCAGGGGGAACCUGCAUUUUUUUUCUUCGGAUUUGCACGUGCAGGCUCCUUGACACGAAUUUCAUGGAUUGCCCCGAGUGCUCCGCAACCACGCUCCUCCAUGCGCUAGUCGAUCCUAGCCGCAGGGGGAACAAAAAACUGCAGAUUUGCACGUGUGGGCUCCUUGACACGAAUUUCAUGGAUUGCCCCAAGUGCUCCGCAGCCACGCUCCUCCAUGUGCUAGUCGAUACUCGCCGCAGGGGAAAUACUGCUGGUUUGCUGCAGAUUUGCACGUGCGGGCUCCUUGACACGAGUUUCAUUGAUUGCCCCGAGUGCUCCGCAGCCACGCUCCUCCAUGUGCUAGUCGAUCCGAGCCGCAGGGAGACAUGCUGUUAUUUUGCUGCAGAUUUGCACCUGCGGGCUCCUUGACACGAAUUUUAUUGAUUGCCCCCAUUGCUCCGCAACCAAGGUCCUCCAUGUGCCCUCUUUUUUUGUUUGAGAGUCCCCAGG